AUGCAUCUGUCUACUCAUACUUGGAUGCGCCCGGAGCCUCUCGAAGUCACCCUAAAACGUGCACAAAGCCUGGGAUACAAAAGCAUCGAGCUAGCCGGAGAGCCAGGGCAAUACCCUAUCCAGGAGACCCGCGAUCUCUUAGAAAAGUAUGGCAUAACGCUCUGGGGCACUGUCACGAUCCAGCAGGGGAAACGUGAUCUCUUAGCCGUGGAUCCACGAGAAAGACGCGAUACAAUCCAAUACGUCAAGGAUGUUGUUGCGUUAUCCGCUGAAUUAGGAGGCAAGAUCACGACAGUCGUCCCUGGGAGGGUUGGCAAGAUCGCACCCACGUCAUCGGCAGAGAUGGAGUGGAAGUGGGCCGUGGAGGGCCUUCGAGAGAUUGCUGAGUUUGCGAAGGGCAAAGGAGUCAAGAUCGGACUGGAGCCAUUGAACCGGUUUGAGACCUACUUCCUCAACCGGACUGAUCAGGCUCUUGCUCUUGCUGAGGAGGUGGGCUUCGACUGUGGUAUUGCCUUCGACCCUUUCCAUCUAGCUCUAGAGGAGUCAGACCUGAUCGCCGCGAUCAAAGCAUGCGGCCCCCGUAUCGUCGACUUCCACGUCGCAGAUCACAACAGACUGGCCGCUGGAGACGGCAACUUCAACUGGCCACAGAUCAUGGCGGCGUUGGUCGAAACAGGGUACGAUGGUGCGCUGGCAAUGGAGUGCGUGCCUCCCAUAGAUCGCACACCUCUCGGAAAGUAUGGACAAGUCCAAUCUGAGACAGAGACACUCGAUGUCCAUCCAGACCAUAUGCAGUUUAUUAUUGACCAUGGCUCGGCCUUGCUAUCGGAUGUUUAUUAUACAGGCCUACUUCGACGAACAGCCGAGACUCUAUCGCCAUUUUGUUCGUAG